ACGCUUCCAGUAACUUCGCAAUUACAUAUUUGCUCUCUCAAAAGUCAAAAGUUGAAAUGGUUCAAAUCAGACUUAUUCACCUUUUGUUCGCCUUGUUGGCGGUAGUAUUCCUGGGCUCCAGCACGGUUGAAGCCGACUGCCCUUCCGGCAGAUAUAAGGGUCCUUGCGCAGUCUGGGACAAUGAAACCUGUAGACGGGUUUGCAAGGAGGAAGGACGAACCAGUGGACACUGCAGCCCCAGCCUCAAGUGCUGGUGCGAAGGAUGUUGAGUCUAUAUCAACCCAAUCCGAAUUUUAUAUCAGUUUAUUGAAAUGUGCAAAUAAAUCAGAGGCUUCAUAAAAGCCUCCUUGAUCAAAGA